UUAAAAUUUCGAAGAGUUUGUGUCACAGCCUCCACUCUUGUUCAGACGCACGCAAGCAAGGGGACAUUGGUUCCGGAGGACGGUUUUUAGAGGUUUUAGCGGAAUCUAGGACGUAACAACAAUGCAGAGGCUGGCCAGAUGUGUGACGGUGGCCUCGCGAGGCCGUACGCUGAAGCGGGCGGCGUCCGCCGGCUCCCGGCGAACUCUGACGGCGGCCGGCUCGCUACCGGGCGCCGAACCAAAUUUCGCGCGAGUCGUGGCUGUGCCCUGCCGAGGAAAUCCAGCCUGGCGUCCGAUGCGGAGGGCCCCCGCGGGCUGGAAAGGAUUUACCCCCGCCACGACUGCUUUGUUGAUCGCCAUAUCGGACCCAGGGACCAUGACAAGCAGGCGAUGUUACAAGUUUUGGGAGUGAAGAGUAUGGAAGAACUGAUCGAGAAGACAGUUCCUGCUGAUAUCAGGCUGAACAGAGAAAUGACCGUGGCGGAUCCUGUGCCGGAGAGUGAAGUCCACAAAAGACUGCGUCACAUCGCGGGGAAGAACAAAGUCUGGAGGUCCUACAUCGGGAUGGGGUACUACGGAACAGUCACGCCCAACACUAUCCUCAGGAACAUCUUCGAAAACCCUGGAUGGACGACACAGUACACUCCUUACCAGCCCGAGGUGGCCCAGGGCCGGCUGGAAAGCUUGCUGAACUACCAGACGAUGGUGACAGACCUCACCGCCAUGGACAUCGCGAAUGCUUCACUCCUGGACGAGGCGACGGCAGCCGCAGAAGCCAUGGCGCUCUGCUACAGACAGAACAAGAGACGGAGAUUCUACGUGGACAGCUACUGCCAUCCACAGACUAUAGGGCUGAUCCAGACUAGAGCAGAGGCCCUGGGCAUCGAUAUAACCGUGAGUGACAUCGUGAACAUGGACUUCAGCGACCGUAACUUCAGCGGGAUGAUUCUGCAGUACCCGAACAUGGAGGGGCAGGUUUACAACAUGGAGCUGCUGCAGAGAGUCAUCGCAGACGCACACGAUAACGGGACCCUGGUAGUGUUUGCGACGGACCUGUUGGCGCUGACGCUGAUGAAGCCGCCGGGCGAGCUUGAGGCGGACAUUGCGGUCGGCAGCAGCCAGCGGUUUGGCGUGCCGCUCGGGUACGGCGGGCCGCACGCCGCGUUCUUCGCCGUCAGGGACGAGCUGAAAAGACUUAUGCCUGGCAGGAUGGUCGGGGUCAGCAGGGACUCAGCAGGGAGGGACUCGUACCGUCUGGCCUUACAGACUCGGGAGCAGCACAUCCGCAGGGACAAGGCAACCAGCAACAUCUGCACAGCUCAGGCUCUCCUGGCCAACAUGGCCGCCAUGUACGCGGUUUACCACGGACCCGAGGGCCUCAAACACAUCGCCACCAGGGUGCAUCAUGGGACAUUGCUGCUAGCUGAAGGUCUGAAGCGGGCGGGGCACCACCUGCAGCACGACCUUGUGUUCGACACGUUGAAGGUCGCGUGUGGGACGGGCCCGGCCGACGUUCUGGAGCGGGCGGCGCAGAAGGAGAUCAACCUCAGGGUCUAUAACGACGGCAUGUUGGGCGUGUCCUUGGACGAGACAGUGGAAGAACACGACCUUGACGACCUUCUCUGGGUGUUCGGCUCCGAGUCAAGUGCUGCCCUCCUGGCAGACAAGAUGGACUCCCUCCCCCAGGGGAGUAUAAUGAACAGUCCCUUCAGACGAACCUCCCCCUACCUGCAGCACAAGGUCUUCAACAGCCACCGGUCGGAGACCCAGCUGGUGCGUUACAUGAAGCAGCUGGAGAAUAAGGACGUCUCCCUCGUGCACUCUAUGAUCCCUCUGGGCUCCUGUACAAUGAAGCUGAACAGCACGACACAAAUGAUGCCGUGCUCGUGGCCUGAGUUCUCGUCUCUGCACCCGUUUGUUCCCGAGGACCAGGCCGCCGGGUACCGAGAGAUGCUGAGGGAGUUGGAGGAGGACCUGUGUGAGAUUACCGGCUACGACAGCAUCAGUUUCCAGCCCAACAGCGGAGCGCAGGGCGAGUACGCCGGUCUCAGGUCCAUCAUGGCUUACCUCGCGUCCAAGGGGGAGGGGCACAGAUCCGUGUGUCUGAUCCCGACCUCUGCCCACGGGACGAACCCUGCGAGCGCCCAGAUGGCGGGGAUGAAGGUGCAGCCGGUUGAGGUGAGCAGAGACGGGCGCGUCUCCAAGGAACAUCUCUACAAGAUGGCGGAGAAACACAAGGAGCAUCUCGCCUGCAUGAUGAUCACUUAUCCAUCGACUAACGGGGUCUUCGAGGACGACGUCAGGGAGAUCUGUGACCUGAUCCACAGCUACGGCGGCCAGGUGUACGUGGACGGAGCGAACAUGAAUGCGCAGGUGGGGCUGUGCCGGCCAGGUGACUACGGGGGAGACGUUUCUCACCUGAACCUGCACAAGACGUUCUGCAUCCCGCAUGGAGGGGGAGGGCCCGGCAUGGGGCCCAUCGGAGUUAAGAAGCACCUGAGCCCGUUCCUGCCGUCCCACCCGGUGGUGGAAGUGAACACGCAGUCUCCGUUUGGGGUCGUGAGCGCGGCACAGUUUGGGUCAGCCUCCAUUCUGCCCAUCUCCUGGGCCUACAUCAAGCUGAUGGGCGGGCGGGGCCUCAGACACGCUUCAGAGAUCUCCAUCCUCAACGCUAACUACAUGAGCAAACGCCUGGAGGGCCAUUACAAAACACUGUACAAGGGAACCAAUGGAUUCUGUGCUCAUGAGUUCAUCCUCGACACGAGAGUGUUCAAGAAGACGACGGGAGUCGAGGUGGCCGACAUCGCCAAACGCAUGCAGGAUUAUGGUUUCCACGCGCCGACGAUGUCGUGGCCGGUUUCGGGGACGUUGAUGGUGGAACCGACGGAGAGCGAAGACAGGGAGGAACUCGACAGAUUCUGUGACGCACUCAUCCAAAUCCGCCAGGAGAUUCGAGAGAUUGAGGAGGGCAGAAUGGACCGAAGAAACAACCCCCUAAAGAUGGCGCCCCACACGCUGGCCUGCGUCACACACAGCGAGUGGAACAGGCCGUACUCACGGGAACAGGCAGCCUUCCCACUGCCGUUUGUUCAGCCGGACACGAAAUUCUGGCCUUCUUCGGGGAGGACUGACGACAUCUACGGAGACCAGAACCUGGUCUGCACCUGCCCGCCCAUCGACCAGUACGCACCGCCCUUCAUCGAGAACGGCAAGGUCAAGUCCGCCGUCUGAGCAACAGUCGCUAGGCAACGGUCGCUAGGCAACAGAAGAUAUAUUUCUACGAGUCGCCGCAACAAGGAAAAUUGAACUAUAUUGAUCUCUGUGUGUGUAUGAUAUUGGAGAGUACAGCAGCUAUUUACGGGAGGGGAGAGCAGCAAAGAUGGAAUGUGCAGUUUUCAGGACAGUUUCUUCCAGCUUCGGCCACUCCAGUUUACUUCUUUGGUUCUCGGAAAUUUUCAAGGUGAAACUAUAGCAAGCAGACAUCAUA